AUGAUAAUUAUAAAUAAUAUUCAAGCAGUUGAAUAUCCGACAUUAAAUUUUAAAGAAUGUUGCUGGAUAGGAACCUGCGUUUUAAAAUGUGCAGAUAAUCCUACAUAUCAUCCUUGGAGAUCUAAAGAUGUUAUUAGUUAUCACUUCUAUAAUAAUGCAAAAAAUGAUUCUACACAAAUAUGUGGCUAUCAAUAUGAUCCCGAAACCGAUCAAAUUAGUAAUACGUUAAAAUUUAAAAUUAAUUUUGCUAUUAUAUCCAACUCCACAGAUUUCCAAGUUGUCAGUCCAGUUGCACACAGAUGGAAAUAUAAACUCAGUCCAGUUAUAUUUGCAAGUAUUCAUUAUUUUGAUUUUCCAAACCAUCCUCUUCUUUUAAACAUUCAUAAAAAGUAUCCUCUUGCCAAAUCACUAAACGAUGUGCAUGAUAAUUUUAAUGCCUUGGUUGGUUAUGUCAGUGUGUCCAGUUCUAAUGAAAAUAGUGCUAUAAAAAGUCCAAAAAUUAAUAACAUUGAAUGUUGUGAUAUAAAAAUAAUAAUGCCUAAGAGCACGAAAGAAACGUUCUUAUUAGAAAAUAACAUCAAUUCUG